GUCUACGUCUUCAAUAAUAAAUCGACUGGUUUAGUUUCUUACUAUACAAUGCUUAGGGUUACAAAGUGCGAGUUAUGUUUAAACAUGAGCUGUAUUCGGUGACAAGAGUACGAUUAUGGAUUAGAUAUGACCUAAAAUCAGCUUAUAAGUGAUUGAUAGAGGAAAAUCUUCACCAUACAAGCCGUUUUUUUGUAUAAGUUGAGUUAAACCCGACCUAAAUUUUAAGAUGGUAUAUCAGAAUCUAUCAAAUAUUGGACCACAGCAAUAAGGUCACCUCUAUCAGGUCACUUAGGUCACGUUUCAGAUGUCUUGUCCUUAUCGUGAAAUGUAUAAUUUGAGAAUGUAAUAGAAAAUCAUCAACUUACAACCCGAUUUUUAGGUUUGAGUUAUGCUCGGCCUAAAUUUCAAAACUCAACUCCUUCCCUUUUAAGCACUUUUAUCUUUAUCUGUUAUGAUUACUUUGUUUUUUAACUUCUGUUUACUACAACAAAAGCUCUACUACUACUAGUACUAGUAUACUACUACUACCUAUUAUCAUUGUUGAAAGAAACUUACUAGAGAAGCAUGCAAAGCGUGAGUUCAAUUCUUUCUCAAUUGUCACCUUUAUAUAAAGCAGCUAACUGUCUAAGUCUAUCCCUCUUUACCAUUUUCGGCUAACAAAUUGACUUCCAUUCUCAAUCUUAGAUCUUUCUUUGUGCUCUCUAGAAUGAGAGUUUCUUAAAUCUUUGUGAAACUACUUUAUGUAGGUGAAGAUCAGGGUCAUUUGAUAAGAGGUAAAGUUCAUGUAGUGAUUCACAUUUACAAUGCAAUUGCUUUUGAGGAUAAGGCUGCUUCUACUCAUAAUGAUUCAAAUGUUAGUAUACCUCAACAAAUCAACCGGAAAAUUAUCUUGUGGAGUAAAAGAAAAGAUAGACAGCAACAAUGAAAUUCCAACACUUACACUAUCCAUAAAAGAAUCUCAAGAGAAAAAACAAGGAGGAGGAAGAAGAGUCGCGGCCGUAGUUGGUGGUGCUGGUGCUGCUUUAGUCAUCAUUGUCAUUGUGGUGAUUAUCUAUAUCUGCUUGAGACGGUAUAGACGAUUCAAAAGACAAACAUCUGAUUCUGCUUCUUCCGUACCAUCUCAAGCUAUUGAGAUGGGAAGAAUCAACAGCUUGCAGUAUGUUAAUGCUUUCUCUCCACAUUACAUGCAGAACACAAGAUUGUUAACAAUUUCGGAGCUGGAACAAGCAACGGGAAAUUUCAGUCAAAGUAACAUUAUAGGUGAAGGAAAAUUUGGUUUUGUAUACAAAGGUUUGCUUGAAGAUGGAUCUUUUGUGGCUAUAAAAAGACGCAUGUUUGCUUUGACUCGAGAUUUCAUCCCAGAGGUCAAGCAGAUAGCUCAAAUUCAUCACAUUCAUAUUGUGAAGCUUAUAGGCUAUUAUGAAGAUAGCUAUCAACAAUUACUUGUGUAUGAAUAUCUCCCUAAUGGCAAUGUAGGGAAUCAUCUAUAUGACAAUGAAGGUUUACCUAUUGGAAAGUUAGACUUGCAGCGAAGGGUAUCCAUCGCCUUAGGCGCAUCCAAAGGAUUGGAUCAUCUUCAUGGUUUGGUCCCUCCUAUGCUUCACACAAACUUUAGUACAAUAAAUGUUCUGUUAGAUGAAAACUUUACAGCCAAGGUAUCUGAUUACGGGUUCUGCAAAUUGCAAACAAAAGUUGAUCAGGCGGGUUCAUCUUCAAAUGUUGACUACUUUCAUGAUCCAGAGUUGAGGUUAUCAGAAAACUAUUCGGAGCAAAAUGAUGUAUACAGUUUCGGAGUGUUUUUACUAGAGUUGAUUAGUGGCUUUGAAGUCCACAACAGAAACAUGUCACAACCAGACGAAAAUAUAAUAUUUCAGGCGAAAUAUAGCAGUGUUAUGGACAAGUUUAUCGACAUAACAUUGCGAGAGGAAGAAAGAGUUGCUGCUAGACGAAUGAUGAAGUUGGCUUUACUAUGUGUGGAUGUGAUUCUUAGAAGACCAUCAAUGGCACAUAUUGUGCAAGAAUUGGAAAGGAUACAAAGAGAUAUUGCUCCUUUGUAUUCUGAAAUCAAUGAGGAGAUUGGUGUGGUGACUCUUGGGAGUGAGCUCUUCAAAUAAGCCUCUCUUGAAAUUUUUCAUGUCAAUGAUGCUAGUGUUGAAGGUCAUGAUUACAAUAUUUGUUCAAGCUAGAGAAAUUAACUAGACUAAAGUGUACAAAAAUAAAAUAUUCAUGUUUUAAGGGAUACAUUUAUUGAGAAAAGUUCUCAUAACCAUGCAAUUCAGUGGAUAAGUUUCCAUUUUGAGAGUAAUUGAAAAUGAGAUAGAGUCCAUUUUCAAAGCAAUCGCCAUAGGAAUGAUAUUAUGAACUUGAGUGAGAAUUGUGAUUUUACUAACUUUGAUUUUC